CGAAAAUUAAAACUGUAAGAAAGCAACCAUCUUACGUGUUAAGAUCAUAAUAUUUGUAUCUAUUCUCCAAAAAUAAAAACAAUCAUCCAAAUUUCAAAUAUUUGUGGGGGUUUAUCAUAUUCAAAUGUUUAGCAUAUAGAUGUUUAUCAUUAAUUAUAGAGAUUAGAAAAUACUAUGAAAUAUGGGCAUAAUUCAUCACAUUCAACAAUAAAUCAAGUAUUUUGAUUUCCUUUCAAAAUUCUUUUACCAGAUUUCGUUAAAAUCAAUACACCACUUUUUCAUUAUAUCCUCACCGGUCGCCCCUAUAUAUAUAUGCAGGUGAUUUAUUGAAAAUCUCAAACUUCCUUUUACGAUGCCUUUCUCCAUCUCUCUUAUCCUCGCAACCGCCGUCUCCGUCGGGAUACUCUUCCUAUCCACCAUCUCCUCCGCCGAGCCAACUCUCGGCGUCCGUCGUCCAUUUAACAGAAUCUACGCCUUCGGCGACUCUUUCACCGACACAGGAAACUCACGAGCCGGCGAAGGCCCCGCUGGAUUCGGACACUUGUCAAGCUUCCCUUAUGGCAUGACUUACUUUAAACGGCCAACGAACCGUUACUCCGACGGGCGACUCACCAUUGACUUCGUGGCGCAGUCAAUGAACUUACCGUUUCUGCCACCGUACCUCAGCCUCAGAUCCACUAACGGCAGUAACGGCACUGCCACGGAUAGUUACGGCGUCAACUUCGCCGUCUCUGGAGCAACGGUGAUAAAACACGCUUUCUUCGCCGAGAACAAUCUGACGCUUGAUAUGACUCCUCAGUCUUUAGAGACAGAGCUUGGCUGGUUCGAGAAGUAUUUGGAGACACUUGGAACGAACCAGAAGGUUUCUUUGUUUAAAGAUUCUCUGUUUUGGAUCGGAGAGAUCGGAGUUAACGACUACGCCUACACCGUUGGAUCUACUGUGUCAAGCGACACUAUUAGAGAAUUCAGUAUUUCAACCUACACAAGGUUUUUGGAGACAUUGUUGAACAAAGGUGUGAGACAUAUGGUUGUACAAGGACAUCCCGCAACUGGAUGCUUGACGUUAGCGAUGUCGCUGGCUGCAGAAGAUGAUCGAGACUAUCUAGGAUGUGUUCAGAGUGUCAAUAAUCAGAGUUACACUCACAAUCUUGCACUGCAAUACAAACUUAAGCAACUUAGGAUCAAGUAUCCGAACGCUACAAUAGUCUACGCAGACUACUGGAACGCGUACCGUGAGGUGAUAAAGAACUCUAGCAAGUACGGCAUCUCCGAAAAGUUCAAGGCGUGCUGUGGAACCGGAGAGCCGUACAACUUCCAAGUAUUCGAGACAUGUGGGUCGGCUACAGCCACGGCGUGUAAGGACCCGAGUCGGUACAUUAACUGGGACGGAGUCCACUUAACCGAGGGCAUGUAUAAGGUUAUGGCCGAUAUGUUCCUCGGCGGCAGUUUCACUCGACCUAAGUUUAGUUACUUGUUGAAUAAGAAACUAAAAGGUUUAUGAUUAAAAGGUUUUACCGAUUUCCAUAUAUGAUUGUAUGGUUUUGGAGUUUUGACAUUGUUUGUUGAAUUAUGACCACGCGAAUCUUUUUAGACUCCUA